ACGGCGUUAACUGCAAACACGCAUGUAGUGAAAACUGUCUUAAUAACGAAACCUGUAACCAUGUGAAUGGCAAUUGUCCCAGCGGGUGUGUGCAUGGAUAUGACUAUUCCAAAGAUAAAACAUGUACAUUACCUUGUAAUAUGCACCAAUAUGGCCCCAAAUGUAGUUUUGCAUGUCACUGCAACGGAAUGGAAGACUGCGACAAAAUUAGUGGUAGUUGUCCAGGUGUUUGUGACAAUGGAUGGAAAGGAGACAGCUGCUCGGGAGCUUGUGACAGUGGUUACUUUGGGAUGAACUGCUCCUUCCCCUGCCAUUGUAAGGAAAUCAUAGGCUGUGACCACGUGUCAGGCAACUGUUCUGACAAAGAGUGUUCGCCGGGAUGGACAGGUCAUAACUGCAGCACAGAAUGCAUGCAGGGCUCUUUUGGAAAGAAUUGCGCGUCGUUAUGUCAUUGCAAAGACAACUCUGUGUGCGACCAUAUCAACGGUCACUGUCCAGGCAAUUUGUGUUCAAAGGGCUGGCGAUUUGAUAAUUGCAGUAUAGAAUGUGACCAUGGUUUCUACGGCGAAAACUGUUCCAGCGACUGUAAUUGCAAUAAGUGCCAUCAUGUGAAUGGCUCGUGCGCCUUGUAUUCGACACAGUGUCGUGGAGGUUCCCGACUAGAAGGCGAACUGUGUACACCUGAAGACAGCAAGCAAACUUCAGCAGGCGCGAUCGGGGGUGGCGUGGGAGCUGCUUUAGCCGUUAUAAUUGCAAUUGCUGUCGGUCUGUGGUUCUAUAAAAAACGAACGCACCCGAAAAACAAGCAUCGUCCAAGUUUUUCUGCUGAAUUAACUGACAUAACAAAACCGCAUAGACAGGAAAAUGCGCAUGAAAAUCUCGGGUAUACAGACACAGAUGCCAAUGCAAAAGUUUACGAAAACGCAGCUAGCGGCGAUUACUACAGUUUCCAGGACUUAAUCCCAGGAAUCAAGAUGCAUUUAUUUUGGGACUACAUUCGUGAAAAGACUAAAACAGGAUCAUUGUUCUUUGAAGACGAAUUUGCCAAACUCCCAAAAGGUCUAAUUCAUAAACAUGACGUAGCUACUGCUUUAGAGAACCGAGGAAAAACUCGCUACCGGGAGAUGUAUGCCUACGACCAUUCACGCGUGCCUUUGGAGAAAAACAACCCAACAGAUUCCGAAUAUAUCAACGCAUGUUUUAUUCACGGUUUUGGGAAAGUGAACAAGUUUAUUGCAUCACAAGGUCCAACCGAAAAUAUGAUUGACGAUUUCUGGCGCAUGAUUUGGCAGCAACGUGUGUACAAGAUUGCAAUGCUCACUAACAUUAUUGAAAUGGGAACGUUAAAAUGCCUUCAAUACUGGCCAGAUGAAUUGAACGGUGUAUGCACGUACGGUGGUGUGGAAAUCAAGUAUGCGGGUAUAGAGGAAUCGUUUGAAUACAAUAUCAGAUAUUUUGAUAUACGUCGGGGGAAGGAAUCACGUUAUGUAAAACAGUUUCAUUUGAAGACAUGGCCCGACAAGGACGUUCCUGAAACGACCUGGUGUCUGGUUGAUUUCUGGAGAGCAGUUGAUACCAGUGAUGCGGCUAACAUUUCUCCAAUCGUCGUACAUUGCAGCGCGGGUGUUGGUCGGACGGGAACAUUUAUCGCCCUUGACAUCUUAAUUACACAGGCAAGGAUGGAAGGUUCUAUUCGACCCCUUCAAAUGGUCGAGGCGCUGCGUCAGCAAAGGGUCAACAUGGUUCAAACAAAGGAGCAAUACAAAUAUCUGCACGAAGCCGUGGCUGAAGCACUACUGAUUGGGACACAUCCUGUUCUUACAAGGCAGUUUGCAAGCGUCGUCGACUAUAUGAUGGGCAAAGAGAGGGAAUCUAGGACUACGAGACUUGAAGAACAAUUUAAUUUAAUUGUCAAAAGUGUCCAAGAGGUACCUGAAUCGGCUGAAGAACAAUCGUCGGGUCCAACAUAUGGGAAUAUGGAGACAGUCAUGUCGGAAAUACACGCAUACCGACCGCAACUGCAAAAGCGAGGGUCGAAGUUCAUCCAGCGACUGGGAGCCAUUUUCCUUCCGACUGUUGGCAAAACGAAUGCACUGCUAGUGUGCAUGUCACCCACCGACCAACACAUGGAAGAGUUCUGGUCCUUAGUCGACGAACAUCAUGUAACCACGGUAAUCAGCCUUGCUUCACCCGGCAGUGCGACAUAUGAGACCUGUCAGUAUUUGGGUGCUCGAGGAAGCGGUCGAGUUGGACAGUUUUCUGUCAAUUACAUUCAUGAAAAGAAAAACAAAGGCAGUGUGGAAAGAACUUUCUCGUUCAGAGAUGAGAAUCACGAAGAUGAGGACUACCUGACCACAAUAAAGCAGUUCCAGUUAACCUCCUGGCUGGAGGGACAUGACACACCUUCAGAUAUGCAGUCAGUCCUUGAUCUGCUGGAAGAGGUACUGAAGUGGCAGCCUCACCUGUCCGACAAAAGACCAAUUCUGAUCCAUUGCCAAACUGGUUUCAUGCGCUGCGGACUUACCGCGUUGGUCCUGAACGAGAUACAACGCAUCAGAAAAGAAAAUGGGCAAAUUAACAUCGUGGAAUCUUUCAAAACUAUGAAAACCAGGUGUCGUGAUUUGGUUCACAACAAGACACAGUACAGGUUUUGUUAUGAAGCCAUUUUGACCUACAUAACGAACUCGGGAACCUACCAGAACCUGUAAACCAGUCAAAGCAUACUUUUGACAUACUUCAAAAACAUACGCUUUGCCAUAUGUGGAGGAAAAUGAUUAGGAAGUGUGCGUUGUAAAUUGAUUUAACAAACAUUUUUCAUUACUUAUUGCAUAGAUUAUUAGUGCAUGAAUUGUUUUAAAGUAAUCACGUUGCGUGCACAUAUAUGUAAAUCGGAAUGUAUGUUAUUUAAAAAAAAAACUUUUUAGAAAUUUAAGUGAACAAAUCAGAAAUUAUUAAACAAUUUGUCUUUUCUAUUUAAAUUAUCUCGACAAUUAAGUAUGUUUAACGCGCAAAACAUAUAUAAAAAAGUUAUUGGUUCACUUCACCCAUUCAUGGCAAGUUACAUAUUUGCAUUUAUCAACUGUUCAUUUUGGGGACUAUAAUUAUUUGGGAAA